AUGAAAUACCCAGAUGUACCGCUAAUAACAUCCUCAUCUGCCUCCUCAGUAGACCAGGUGGAGGUCAUAAAUGUAGCACGGUUAAUAGAAGCCAGGAAACAAGAUAUAUUUGAGUUCCUAAAUACACUUGCUGAGGGUAGGAAACACAACAGGUCGUUUCAGAAAUUACCGUAUCAUCAAAGGAGACGUGCAAUGUCACGCAAUCCAUUUCGAGUACCCAAGAGAUUUCGUUUACCAAUUGUAAUUGACUUAUUGGCAGGAAGAAAUCAUAAGAGGCGUCUUGGUAGGGUUAAAUGGAGGAAAGAUUUGAGAGUUAGGCGGUUUGGGGAGAAUAAAUGGUUAACAACCCAUAUCUUUCACGCAAAGAGAUUCAAAAUGGUCAAUAUUUGGGGAUACAGAUUAGCUGAAACCCCUACACUCAAGUGUCAAAGGAAAAUUUAUCGGUCGCUUAAUGCAUCAAACGGCUGUUUGCUUUAUGAUAAAUCCUAUUUCACCAUUUACGGCAACAGCAGUUCUGUCAAUAAGGGUUUUGCCUCGUUAAAGCCACUAAUAAAACGUAAAACUGUACUAUUUUAUGAUCAAAAUGGAAUUCUUGUUUCUCCAAUUCACAUAAUGCACUCUGCCAAUGAUUGUGACUUGGCCGUGUCGAUCCACCCAGCUGCCAAAACACAAUUUUUAAAUUGCAUCAGCGCCAAUCAAAAAAAUUCCGAUAAAAAGGACACAAAUAACAUAUACAAUUCAUCAUUACACAAGUUGUUUGAUUAUGUUGUUACCGCAGAAAUAAGGGAUAUAUCACAUUUUGAGCUCUUAGGCCCCCAAUCUCUUAAUAUAAUGUGCAAAACACUUAAAUUGACAGAGUUUAAUGAAAAUGAUUAUUUUACGAGUGAAGGCUGUAGUGUUCCGAAGAAUUCGUGCAAUGGCACGAUAUUUCACCUUAAAAUUGGUUUACCAGACUGCGCAUUCAAGAAAUUUGAUUCCGUUGAGGCAGAACAACUCAUUGCCAAAUCCAUAAAAUAUACUCACAUUUUGACUAAAACUAAAAAAAAUAAGAUAAACCGUGCCAUUUUGGAGAGGGAAAAAUUGAAACUACAGAAUCUAAGCUCACAUGAUCCAUAUAUAACAAGCCAAAAAGAUGCGUAUCUAGAAAAUGAAUCAAAAGCAGAAAAUAUUAUUACAUUUGAAGCAAUUGUAAUCACACGUCAUUUAAUAUCAAGUUUUAGACCAUAUAAACGUGUUUCUGGAUUUGAUUUACUUGUCCCAUCCCAAAUUUCUAGAUACGUGUGGAACAGGCUAUAUAAAAAUGGAGGGUUGCCAAUUGGCCUAGAGGAGAGACGAAAGAUCUAUUUGGAACUGGGCCAGCCUAUUUUUCCAGAAGAUUUCCCGGAAACCAUGGCAGGGCACCAGUACCACAAUGCUAGAGACCAGGAAAGGAGAAAUCAAUUUCUAAAGAUGAACACUAGGUAUAGGCCAAAUUAUAUAAAAUUAAACAUAGUAGAACCUCUUUCUACUAUAAAUCUGAUGUCCUUACUCUCUAACAAAUGCGACAACUUUACUACAUCAAAGUUCAUGCAUGCUAUAAUAACAAGUAUCAAACGAUGCGUGCCUAAGGAGAUGUGUAGGAUUUACCUAGUGCCACAUGAAGGAAAUAUGGGUUAUAAUGAAGUGGGAUUUGUUAUAUCUGGUUAUAAUACCUUCACCAAGGGGAAGGGAUUUGCCAAGUGUCUAAUUUUACGUAGUACAACUACAGAGAAUUGUAAAUUCGUGGCAAAAAAUAUAAACUCGAGACAUUACUUCCCUAUUGAAAUACAGGUGAUACAGUUCAACCAUUUUAUAGACUAA